CCUUUGCUUCUUUCACGCCCACUGUACCAAUCGGAGCGAGAAUUUUAUUCUAACUUAUCAUUGUGUAGUCUUUGAGUAAAAUUUUGCCCAAUGAAAACUGCUUGUAAGUUUGUACGUACCCAACACUAUUGCACCCUUCAUUUUCGCACUAUGCUCGAGAUCUUACUUCAUUCGUCUGAAGAUGAGUGGGAACUGGAUAUGAUCGGUCGUGGUAGUAAUCGUGGGUGAUUACAAAUAUUUGAAUGAUCCGAGUUAGUUUUUAUCGUAAUGCUGUUGAUGUGUGCCGAACGGUAACCUGUCAACAGACAAGGAGUAAUCGUUCAAUUUGUCAAUAAACACUUAAAGUAUAAGUAGAAAUUCAUAAUUAUCCUCCAGAUUUGGUGACAAUAGCAUUGUCUUAACUACGAAGUAAAUUAAUGAUAUACUCUUAUUAUACGUAGUCCACAAUUUUCACUAACUUAUUCAUAAGAUUGGAGGUUACUCACCCAAUCACUACCCAUUAUACGUUAUAUAGCCCAACUUCUGUAGAGUAACAAUAUUCCACAAUGGCUGUACCGGCAAAAAACGUUAUCGAUGCUCCCAUUAGCGAUCCAGUGACAAAAGCAGUCGUUGACAACAUAAUGGGAAAUUUACCAACCAAGAAACCACACGUACGCUGUGAGGACUGUGACCUUUCCUUUACCAGUCAAACAGUUCUAGAUGCACAUCUGCAAGGUGCUCGCCAUGCUAAACAGGUCAAAUCUAAGGCCAUUAUGGCAACCCUGGACAAUACCAAAGUUGCUUUCACCAAGGACCAAGAAACGAACGGGCUAAGAUGUAAUGUAUGCAAUGUUUCUCUGAAUUCUAUACAGCAAUUGCAAACGCAUCUUAAUGGAAAUCGCCACAAGAAAAAAGCUUUAAAAGGUGGAUGGAGUGACAGCGAAGUUUCACUCAACAAUUUGGUAUCGGCACCAACGGUCUUGUCAGAUCCCAUUGCCCCAGCAACGAGUACUUUUCUGUCUUGUGAUAUUUGCAACAAGUUAUUCCACUCUCAUGUCCAAUAUGACGAGCAUGUAACUUCAAAAAAGCACACUGCGAAGAUGCACAGCAUCAAGAAUCAAAGGAGGAAUUAGUUGUUACCUUAUAGAAAAAAGCCUAAGAAGACUGAUUCCGAAUCUUAUAUGAAGUCACUAUCCAACAAUUUUAUUCCAGUUGGCUAUGAGAACUACACAUAAGUUAACUUUCAUUUCGAUUGUUGUUUAUUGACGAGUGUUUAUUUAUGCUGAAUUUACCGACAAUAUUGUUGAACGUAAGUUGUUGUUUUUUUCUAUCUUUCUGUUUUAUAAGAAAUAAAUUAUCCGAAGUUGAA